GUUACAGGCCGGAUCAGUGAGCUGGGCCAGUUGACGUCAGGGUGAUGAUGGGUGGAGGGGAGGGCCGGGCUCCUGAACUAUAAAGAUAGGUCAAAUCAAAUAUAAUCAACUCGGGACAGAGCAAGCUGGCGAGCGAGUGUCCCCGAGCCAUGGUCCCUACCAGCCGCGGCUCAGCCUGGGUCCCUCUGCUCCCGACCCGAGUGCCCGAAGCAGGCUUUGGUUUCAUGUCAGCAGCCUUCAUCUGCCUUCCAAAAAUAAGCCCCUGCCGCCAUGCCGAGGGGAGAAAAACAAGAAGGGCGGUAUUUUUAGGGCCAUUAAUUCUGACCACGUGCCUGAGAGGCAAGGUGGAUGGCCCUGGGACAGAGGCUGUUCAUCACUAUGUCCCGGGGAGCAGGACGUCUUCAGGGCACGCUGCAGGCUCUCGUCUUCCUAGGCGUCCUAGUGGGCAUGGUGGUGCCCUCGCCUGCAGGCACCCGCGCCAACAGCACGCUGCUGGACUCAAGGGGCUGGGGCACCCUGCUGUCCCGGUCUCGAGCUGGGCUCGCUGGAGAUAUUGCCGGGGUGAACUGGGAAAGCGGCUAUUUGGUGGGGAUCAAGCGGCAGCGAAGGCUCUACUGCAACGUUGGCAUCGGCUUUCACCUCCAGGUGCCCCCCGACGGCCGGGUCCGCGGGACCCACGAAGAGAACCCCUACAGUUUGCUGGAAAUUUCCACAGUGGAGCGAGGUGUGGUGAGUCUCUUCGGAGUGAAAAGUGCCCUCUUCAUUGCCAUGAACAGUAAAGGAAGAUUGUACACAACGCCCAGCUUCCAAGAGGAAUGCAGAUUCAGAGAAACCCUCCUGCCCAACAAUUACAAUGCCUAUGAGUCAGACCUGUACCGAGGGACCUACAUCGCAUUGAGCAAAUAUGGACGGGUAAAGCGGGGCAACAAGGUGUCCCCAAUCAUGACCGUCACCCACUUCCUUCCCAGGAUAUAAGGACCCACAAAAGAAGGCUCAUAGGUUGAAAGCAUCAUCUUUUCUACUGGAAUUUUGCACAUAUGAACAACUCCUCAUACCCCCCAUGGCUCCUCGGUCUUCUCUUGUCCUGGAGGAGACCGAGUUGGUUCCCUUGGCCACCUUUGCCUCCCAUCCUCCUGCCACUGGACCGCAUGGCAUGGAACCCACCCAAGUGAGGAGUUACAGCCAGCUUCCUAGAAUGGCAAAGAAUCCGAGCUCUGACCUCACCUGAGGAGGGAAGGUAUAGAUGACAUUCGUGGAAUGUGCCCUCGUGCUCAGGAGGAGGCCAGGAUGGGAGUAUGUGUGUGCCGAUGUAGAUCCAUACAUCUUGAUAUGUAUUCUCAGAGCAAAGGCAUUUCAAAGCAUCGGGUUUCUCUCUGCCAGCAUCUUCGCUGCAGGAAUCUGCCUGCAAGAAUGUCACUUGUCAAACCAGCAGGAUUAAUGUGUGCUCCCAUUCAUCCUCUUUCCAAUCAUCUUUCCAUGCAGGGGUCACUGACUGCAUGGGCAGCAUGGGUAGUGGGGAGCAGCUGUCCUCUUAGUGGGGAGAGGGCAGGAUGAGAGGGAAUAAGACUUAAUCGCAACCCAGAAAGAUAGUGAUCAGGCAGCCCAAACUUCCUGACGGUGAGGGAUGCAUUGUUGGGGAGUUGGGAGAGAGUGGGCAGAUACUCCUAGACUCCCCAUAGAGCAGUGUCAAAGGCAGUGGAUGAAGGCCUGAAGGAGGCAGUAGAAGGGACUGGAUGUUCUGUGGAGAGCCAUUCUCCCUGGAGGAUUCGAUGCUGUGUGUGGCUCCAGGAACAAGCAAGGGCCAGGCUGCUUGCCCAUCAUUUUUUCUCACUUUGAACCGGGUCUUAUUUUAACCUCAGAUGACAAGGAUCCUAAUAAUGGCAACCUCUUUGGCGAGGCAUGGAAGGUGCAAAAUUGGGCAUGAAGGAAGUAGAGAGGCUUUGGACUCCAGAUGAUAAUUCGUCUCCAACUAUGUCCAGGAAACUCACCCAAGUUCUCAUCUGAUAUUCUCACUUCCUUCUUAGUCGUCCUCAUUCGCAUAUACACAGUGGCCUGGAUGCAGUCGAAUGGGCACCAUGACCUCCAGAGUUCUCCCCCUCUUUCUCCCUACAGUAGGA